CAUUGAUAAUUUUGUCAGUCCCAACCCUGUGUUCUCUCCUCAUCAUAAGCGUUGACUUGAGGAAGAGAAAACACAUCGACGAUGCCCAACCACUGCGUUGAGAAGCCUUUCUCCAUUGGAUAUAAGAAGUUCGGCCGGUUCGUUGGAUUGCACCCAUGGUGGUUCUUCAUCGGACCUCUUGUCCUGUCCACUGCACUUGGAUCUGGAUUUUACUUCCUCGAGGACCGGGAGGCCAAUGACAUUGAGGACCAAUUUACGCCAACUAACGGACCUGCAAAACUUGAGAGGCGUUUUGUGCAAGAUAACUUUCCAUUGAACAAUUCUGUGUUUUCUAACCAGAGACUGUAUACAGAUGGAAUUUAUGCGUCCUUCAUAGUGGUUUCUAAAGCUCCCCACAUUUUCACAGACGCCGCUAUUCAAGAAAUACUAAGUUUAGACAAGAAAGUCAAAGAAAUUAAUAUUUCUAAUGGUCAUGAACAGCUUACAUUUGAAGCAGUAUGUGCCAGGAAAUACGAUAAAUGUAUCCCAAAUAAGAUCCUAGACAUUGUAAAUCAUUAUGGGAGCAAAAUUGAGGAGACUGAACUCACAUUUCCCUUUUUCCGCUUUGGUUUUACACAUAUUUUUCUGGGAUAUUCUGUUGGUGGACUCAGUUUAAGCUCGUCAGUUAUAAAAAGCGCUAAAGCAAUAAGGCUUUUGUAUUUUCUUAAAGAAGGUAACCGCUCUUCAACCGACUUGUGGCUAAACGAGUUCCUCAGGAUUUUCCCCUCAAACGUUUCACUGAAAUUCAUCAAGGUUACACACUCUACAUCCCUGUCCAGGCAGGUGGAAUUUGAGGCCAACACAAAGGAUGUUAUUCCUCUAUUUUCCAUUACAUAUGUCAUCGCUAUAGCUUUUUCCAUCCUAUCCUGCUUAAGGUUUGAUUGUGUGAGGAACAAAGUAUGGGUGGCCACCUUCGGGGUGUUCUCUGCAGGUUUGGCUGUCCUGUCCGCCUUCGGGAUGAUGCUUCACAUCGGAGUACCCUUUGUAAUGACAGUGGCAAACUCACCCUUCUUGAUAUUGGGUAUUGGCGUUGAUGACAUGUUCAUUCUCAUAUCCUGCUGGCAGCAGACCAAUGUCCAUGACAGGGUGGAAGACCGUCUUGCAGACACCUAUAAAGAAGCGGCCAUUUCUAUCACCAUCACCACUCUGACCGACGUGUUGGCUUUCUACAUCGGACUCAUGACGCCCUUCCGCUCUGUGCAGUCUUUCUGUCUGUACACCAGUACAUCUAUUCUGUUCUGCUACAUCUACAGCAUCACCUUCUUCGGAGCCUUCCUGGUUCUCAACGGAAGGCGAGAAAACGGCAACAAACAUUGGCUGACCUGCAAGGAAGUUCCAGGGGAUUGUCCCAUCGGUCGCUCCAAAUGGUACGGCUUGUGCUGUGUGGGAGGAGACUAUGACCCCCAAACAGGCAGCGAGGAAGUGCAGCCUAUGAAUCACUUCUUUAAGAAGUACUACGGCCCUUUUCUCACCAGGUCUGGGACCAAGGUGUGUGUGAUCCUGCUGUAUGCCGUUUAUCUGAUCAUUAGUGUUUAUGGAUGCUUCCAGAUACAGGAGGGAAUUGAUCUUCGAAAUCUGGCUGCCGAUGAUUCGUACGUGGUGAAGUAUUAUGAUGAUGAAAAAGCAUAUUUCUCUGAAUACGGUCCAAAUAUUAUGGUUGUUGUACGGGGGGAAUUUCCCUACUGGGAUGAGAAGAACAGGUCUGAUCUUGAAAUGUGUGUGGAGGACUUUAAAAACCUGUCCUUCAUCGAGAAAGAUAUCUUCACAUCCUGGCUUAAAUCCUAUAAACACUACGGAUACCACACCAAUCUCAAUCUAAGCGUUGAACAUGUUUUUAAAAGAAAUCUGGGGUCUUUUCUCAAAUUCUAUUCUGAUUUUAAGCAAGACGUAAACUUCACCAACAAUUCAAUUCAUGCUUCUCGUUUCUUCAUCCAGACAGUUAAUAUUUCGACUGCUAUCGAUGAAAUGAACAUGUUAAACAACCUACGGGACACUGCCAAAAGAUGUCAUGUUCCUUUACUGGUGUACCAUCCUGCUUUUAUUUACCAUGAUCAAUAUGCUGUCAUAGUAAGUAACACCAUCCAAAACAUCGGAGUAACCACUUCUGUCAUGUUGCUGAUCUCUCUUCUACUCAUACCAAACCCUCUGUGCUGCCUCUGGGUGACGUUCUCUAUUGCCUCGGUCAUAGCGGGCGUCACUGGUUUCAUGGCUCUCUGGGAUGUCCAUUUAGAUACCAUAUCGAUGAUCAUCCUGGUCGUUUGCAUUGGAUUCUCUGUGGACUUCUCCGCGCACAUCUCCUACGCCUUCGUUUCAAGCAAUAAGCCGAGUGCCAAUGAGAAGGCUGUGGAAGCUCUUUUUCAUCUGGGUUACCCCAUUCUCCAGGGUGCUGUGUCCACCAUCCUGGGGGUGGUGGUGUUGUCCGCCUCCAAAAACUACAUAUUCAGAACAUUCUUCAAGAUUAUGUUUCUGGUCAUCUUUUUUGGUUUGUUUCACGGCAUCAUGUUCAUCCCUGUGUUUUUGACCUUCUUUGACAUCUGUAGUGGGAGUUCAAGCAAGGUGAGCACCCAGGAGAAAACAGCGGCUGAAAAUCAAGACACUGGAAACUUCCGGCCCAAAAACAAACAAGAGAAACCUAUCGAGCAAGACAAGACAAUCUACGAUAAUUGCUCGUUCACGCCAGACAACCACCAGAUCUGUGAAACGCAGAGUUGCCCCUCGGUGUGGACUCUAAAUGUCAACACACAUCAGACUCUAAGUGGUCAGAUGUGCAUGAUUAGUACGGUCCCCAUGUUCACCGUUGACAGCGAGACUUACAAAGUUCAGAUGUACGCUGCCGGUAAUAGCACUGAACUCUCCGUCAACUGGAACCAAAACACUGAAUGUGGUUUGAUGGUGAACAACCAGACAAUACCGCAAGAGAGUAACAUCCCAGAACUCAGUUGCUCUGAUUCUGAAUCUAAUUGCUUGAAUUCCCUGAGAUGUCCGUGACCCUAUCCGUGUUUAACUUUGGUGCGUUUGUUUACAUGAGGUGUCUUGUUAUUCAUUUGGUCAUGUCAUCAAUGAUUAAGCAGUUGGUUUGAGCCAUCUAGAUGACACCCUAAUUUAGACUUCAUUAAUGUAACAUACUGUAUACGAUAGUGGAUUUUUCUUUUUAAGUCAUAGUUCUGUUGGAAUACACGAUUUAUAACUUAAGGAAUUAGUUUACUCAAUUUCAGGCAUCAAGGUGAAUUCUUGUUUGCUGCAACACUGCCAAGAGCAUAUCAAUAUGCCGAUAUUCUUUAUUAGUUGAGUGUACAAUUUUACCUACACUUGACUACACAUUUAGUUCAUUUCAUCCCUUUUGACACUUUAACAAAGAUCUCUGAACCAAAACAUAAUAAGUAUAAGUAUUAAAUUCAAAUGACUAGAAUAGAGAUGCAUACAAGUGACUGAAUAUAUAACAUUUACAGUAAUACACGUGUGGCCAUUAUCUGUUUUCUUCAUGGAUGUUCUGGUUGUGUACCACAAAGUGGCAGUGUAGCUGCACAGCAUACAGAACAGUACAGACAGACAGUGAAUAUUUGUUGUUUCAUACAAGUAAUAUUACUUGUUUCAUAUUUGUUUUGAAUGUACUAUGCUACUCUGUAGGGUUUCCAUAAAUACAGUAUUAACUUAUUUUGCGUUUGUGAUUAGUUAAAAUGUUGUAUUCAUUUUCAUGUAGAUCUAAUGUUUCACAGUUAUAUGUACUAAUUUGUUGUGAAAUGCCGUGGCAUUUUAAGUGAUGUGUCUGAACGUUCAUAUCUAAUCAAAUGUGCCACUGACUGUUUAUAUUUUUCGGUCUGUUCAGAAGGUUUUCUGUAAUUGUCUGAAUGUGAAAAACACAAACU